CCCUCGCCUCACGUGACCAGCCGGCUUGUCGCCGCCCCCGAGCCGAGCCGAGCCGAGCAGUCUACGGUAACCGAGGUGCCAGGGGAGUCGUGGAAGAUGAACGGCUACACUUUACUUUACACCGGCAUUACUGUGGCCUUUUGGUCCACCAUCCUCGUUGUAGGCAUCUGUUAUACAAUAUUUGACCUAGGAUUUCGUUUCGAUAUAGGAUGGUUUUUAACAGAAACAUCUCCUUUUAUGUGGGCGAACCUUGGAAUUGGAUUGGCCAUCUCUUUGUCUGUUGUGGGAGCUGCUUGGGGUAUCUACAUCACUGGUUCAAGCAUUCUUGGUGGGGGUGUGAAGGCUCCCAGGAUUAAAACCAAAAAUCUUGUCAGUAUCAUUUUCUGUGAAGCUGUGGCAAUUUAUGGAAUUAUCAUGGCUAUUGUCAUCAGUAAUAUGGCAGAGCCAUUCAGUGGCACUACACCUCAGACAAUUGGAGCUAGGAAUUAUCAAGCAGGCUUCUCUAUGUUUGGGGCAGGCCUAACUGUUGGAUUUUCUAACCUCUUCUGUGGAAUUUGCGUUGGUAUUGUGGGUAGUGGUGCUGCCCUGGCAGAUGCCCAGAAUGCCAGCUUGUUUGUCAAGAUCCUGAUAGUUGAAAUUUUUGGCAGUGCCAUUGGGUUGUUUGGAGUCAUUGUGGCUAUUCUACAGACAUCCAAAGUGAAAAUGGGAGAUUAGACUUCAUGAGUACAUGGAGAGUCUGAAGUUCUGGAAAUGAGACCAAGAUUUGUUGUAAAUAAUUUAUUUAAGUGUAUAUUUUCCCAAUAUAUUGUUUGUGGUUUUUAAACUCAUCAUUUGCUUUAAGAGUGAUAGUUAUGUUUGGAUGUGAUUCCUGAUCAGUUCUGCAAAACAGGCCAGGUGCUGUCCAACAGUAUUCCAUAGUUUAGUCUGUAGUUCAGCGUGACAGUUUAUUGCCCACUUGGAUUUUGGAAUGGGAAUGGAUCUGUGAGACUGAACGUUGAAGACUUCUUUCAUUGUCACAUCCAAAUGAUGAAGUUGAUCCUUUCUGACAUGGUAUAUGCAAGAGCUGAAAAUGUUGAUAUUGAUAACAUCACCAUGAUUCUAUAUUAGGCCCAUGAGGCUUGUGGAGAUCAUACCAAACCUCUAAUGAAUGAGAUCAUACAAAAAUCAACUAUUGUCCUUUCGUGUACCUCAGUUGGAACUUCUGAUGUGUUUUGUUUUUCUUGUAAAUGUAGUAAAGAAAAUGAAUGUUACAUCAAAAUGACAAAUUCAGAAAUAAAGUAAUUCGUACGUGGGUCUUCAUCAAGCAACCUCUUCCCAUACACGCUAUUACUACUUUACCCAAUGCAAUUUUUCAGAGUAUUGUGCAUGCUAGUUUAUACUUGUAUUGGAGACUUUAUCAUCAUUGGUGACAUACCUGCUCCAAGUAAGAUUGAGUAUUCGGGUUGCUGUGACAAUUGCAAUUUAAAUAUCCAGUUACUGAACAGUAUUUGGGCCAUAUUAAAACUGAUACAGCAUGCAGAGAAUAAUAUCAUUUUGGCCCUUAAUCAGGCUGCAGCUGUGAUGUUUGUUUGAUCUUUAUUCAUCUUUUGUGCACAGUGGUGUAAUAAUGGAACAAAAGUGAAAGUUUCAACAUAAGUUAAUCAUGUACUUCUCUUCCUCCAUGGAAUAAUCAAAGGUACAUUGAUUAUUAACUUGUACAGAAUAGUACUGGCUGUAACAUAGGUUUUGGAGCAAUGAAUGGCUGACUGGAUGUUGUUUUUGUUUGAAAACCAUCUGAAAACUGCAACAAGAUAUCAUUAUCAAUAUUGGUUGAAUGUUUCCAUUCGCAGCCAGUUUGACAAAAUUUGUUUUGCACACUGGGAUUUGGCUGUGAAAACAAUUCACGCUUUGCAGAUUAAGUAUGAAAUUUAAUGUGAAUCAAAUUUUUUCCAGGUUAACUGAAGUAAAAGAUAAAUUGCUUCCAUUAGUAACUUUUAUGUUUGGAAGUGGUUUGCUGAAUAAACUGGGAAACCGAAGAAAGUAGUUUUUCUUAAGUUGGUUCAUAAGUUUAGUUUAAUUGCCAAAGUCUUUCAGUAAUACUAUGCUACGUAUGUAAGCUUUUGUAAAUUACAGUAGUUAUUUUCUGAUAUCAUUAGUUGGUGUGCUAACUGUUGGGCACAACAUAAAAUUACAGAUUCAUUUUCCUCCCCUUAAAAUGUUGGGUGAAUUGGAACACUUGGUUAAGGUUCUGUCCUGAUUCACAUACAUGUGAAGUGAAAUUAUCUUCACUAUUGCUUGCUCCAGCUUUUAUGUGAUGCCCAUAAUGGCCUUAUUGCCUUUUGAGUAGGUUGUCACCUGUUAAGGCUACAAAAGUUCAGUGGUGUGUUCCCUGUAGUCUGCUUUAAGUACUGUAGGAACAAAUUGAUCAAAGCACUUCAAUGACACAAAAUAGUUUGUGUUAUUAUCCAGGUGGAUCAUGACCAGCUGGAUGAGUUAACUGCCAGAUGUGACUUGAGAAACAUGGUGCAUAUAAUGGUACCAAUAAAUGUAAAUCAAUUAUCAUUUUUAACUUGCAUAGUUUCUAUGUAGGGCCGUUAUACAGAGUAAAGUUGGAAGUUAUUCUUGUAGGUUAGAAUGCUGUCCUGACCCAAGUUUGAGUUCAAUCUGAAUGUAAUGAAAUGGAAGUCCUUAGUUGGGGGAAAUGUCCAAUAUGCAGAAUUCAGUCAGUCUUAAACCAACUCCUAAUGAUGCAAGAUCAUUACUUAAAGAUUUGUCACUAACUUGUCUAAGACUAAGAGGUUGGAUAGUGGCAAAAAGCCUCACUAAUACUGUGAUUGCAUGGGUUUCCUCCCACAUCCCAGGAUGGUGGGUUAUAUUGCCCCUAGAGUACUUAUGACUGGUAGAAUCUGGGAUAGGAGGGAGUUGAUGGGAAAGUGAUGAGAAUAAAAUGGGAUCAGUGUAAAUGGAUGCUAUGAUGGUCAGUGGGGACUAGGUGGGCUGAAGAGCCAGUUUCCGUGCUUUCUGACUUGAUUUUGACUAAUUAAAAGCUGAAUAUUUGAGGAUUUGGUCAUAAACUGAGAACCUUAGUCAGAACGUGACGUGCAGCUAACCUGGCAGGACGUGAUAGUAAUGAAUAGAAAAACCUGUUUUAUUCCUCAACACCACUUUUAACCUUUUUAAAUGUAGAAAUUUGUUUAAGGUUGAAUCUUGAUGUACAUCAGGUUUAUCAUGCUUGAACCUGGUCUAUUUAUUAUUCUCUUUGGUGUACAUUUUCUGUAAGCUGUGGCCUACUGAUGAUUUUUAUUCCUGCCAUUAAGAUGUAGAAGUUUGUUUAAAAUAAUCCUCCAUUUGCUUCAAGACCUGACUUUUGAAAGUGCCUGCUUGUAUGUAUACACAAACAAUAAAACGCUUCCUGGAAAGUGUACAUACAAGCAGAGUAAAGAUGUUUCACUGCUUUCUUAACUAAAUAUUGGAAAGUAGUUGUAUUUCAUUUUGAGCUUUACAUUCUUAAUGACGAAUGGCCACCUGUCAAUCCAUUUAGAAUGUGAUCUCCAAAUGCAUUUUGUUAUGCUGUCUUUUAACUUGAAAUAUUAAAGUGCUUUCAACAUGGUGGCUCUCAAACCAUACAAUACUCUGAAAUGCAAGUCAACUGAUAUGACAUUAAAGUUGUCCCAUUACUUGAAUUUGCAGGAUUACUUUUUGUUAGCUUAACCAUAGAACGAUCUCUUCAAGACAUCCUUGGGCUAGUUGAACAUGUUUAGUUAUUGUGGAUGUUUGCUGUACAAGGUAACCUUGUUUUAUUUCUUGUUUUACUUUUUUGGAAAAAAAUUCUGCAAACAGAAACAUGAGGUUUAGGGACACAGUCUUUGUCAUUUGCCGAUAUACUUGAGGUUGAAUUCAACUCUGAAUGUUUUGAUAAAAGAAUGUACCUUUCACAGAAAUGUAAUAUUUGAAAUAAAUUUGGGUUGUUUCCAGUGGGCCAAAGCAUUUAAACAAACUUCAGAGUUAACUUUUCAAAUCAUGAAAUGAAUGGAAGAUUUGUAAAAGGGUGCCGCAAUUCUUUAAUGUAAACCUUUCAAAGAAAAGGUAGAUUAAAGUACUGUCACUGUAAAAUCCCAUGUUCUUUAGUACACGUUAGGUUAAAUUUGUACGUUUUGAAAAGGGAGAGGGAAAACUAUUGAUUUGUGCAACAAAAUUUAAAUACAUGUAAUUGUUCAAAUAGUUGAUUUCCAAUUGAAGUCUGUAUUAAUGUUAUAUAUUUGCACCAGGAGCUGGACUGUAAAGUAAAAUUGUAGUUUGUUCACACUCUCUUAAUCCUUGCACACAAUUUGACUUGUGAUCUUUUGUUGAAAUAUUGACUUGAAAUAAAACAAGUGCUGGUCAGCUGUAGGACUUUCUAGAUUUUUAUUUAAACUGUUCACUUGCUGUAAUUAAAUACUUGAAGUAUUUUCUACUUUGGCAUAAGAAUAUUUGAUGACAAAGUAGAGAUAACUGUAGUAGAUUGAGGUUGUGUAUUUAAAUGAAUCUUCAGGGUUCCGUGAAAUCCAGAGCCGCUGUUUUAAUCUACCAGAUGAGACAAAAUAGUAAUUCAAAGAGAACUUCUGGGGGGGGAGGAGGGGAAGAUAUAAAUUGACUUUUUUUUGCAUCCAUCUCACAUGCCUGGUCUUGUAGCUAAAUCCAGUCUUCUAUCCAAAACCAAGCAAGCAAUCAAACUGAUUAACAAAAGUUGUAGAAGUUUUAGUUAAAAAUCAACCAAGUGCAUUCUCGCAUGGAAUAACUAUUACUGGAAUAUUUGAUACUCAAUUCAGCAUGUUAGGUUGCAAUGGAUUAUAUCACAGUUGUUAAGUGAUUGAAUUUCAAAUUCAAUUGUAAUUUCAAAUUACAAUUGAGCAGUGUGCUAGAUUGAGUUUUUUGGAUAUUCGAGGAAACAUACAAUUUUUAAACCAAAUAUUUGUUUUCCAAUUUGUAUUCUAAGCCCAGUUCAACAGUAGUUUGGGUCUUCAGAUGGAACUCUGCACAGGCAUACUUGCCACCAUGUGAAAUUAGAAUAAUGUGUUACAAGUUAAAUCCAUUAUUUUUGGAUUAACAAUGUUCUAGCAAACAGUAUCCUGGUUUAAUGGUAUGUAUUAAAGUACAGAUAACUUUUCUGGUAGAUUUACUGCACCAAAAUUUAGUUAAAUGUGAAGAAAACCAUCUCCAUCCUCAUAAUAGAAAAUCUAUCUGACCAGUUACUGCAGACUUGCAACAGAUGAUCUUAAGUCUACAAUAUUGCAACUUUCUCAUGGAUCCUUUAAUGGUCAGAUUUCUACAGAUUGUAUAAGUGCUUUUUUGAGAUUGUAUUUUCCAUUUUUGUUUUUACCUGUAUUUGUGUAAAAAAAAAGGUUGUUAUAAAAUAUCUGAUUUCUUUGCAAUAGACAGCUAAUUAUUUCAGACAUUUUGUGAUCCUGUUGAAAGUGUGAGUGGUUAUCUUUGUGGAAAGCCUUUUGAGAACAUAUUCUGUGUGGGCUCCAUGACAAGAUUCAACGUGCAAAAUGGAUAGAGAAAUUAAAAUUAUAUUGGAAAAAACUG